AUGAGUUAUUAUAGCAACUACUACGGAGGCCUAGGCUAUGGCUCUAGAGGCUUUGGUGGCCUAGGAGGCGGCUAUGGCUGUGGCUGUGGUAGCUUCAGCAACCUAGGUUAUGGUUCUGGCUUUGGAGGCUACGGAUACCGCUCAGGCUAUGGAUGUGGCUGCUGCUGUCCCACUUGCUACAGGGGAUAUGGAUUCUCUGGGUUCUACUAA